CGUGCGAGUAAAGUCUACACAGUGCGUUUUAGUACGAAAAGUACACGUAUUAUAGGUUUUAAUCUAUAAAUUACUCAGACAUUGUUUUUAAAAUGAGCUCCCAGAUCACAUGCGUCGGGUGGGUGAGACGUGGCGUUGCCAAGGAAAGACCAGACAAGGUUGAGUUGAGCCCAGACGAGCUUCAGCGCAUCAUCACUGAGGCAAAAGAAGAGUUGGGAGAAGUGGCUGAUGAGGAUGGAGAGGAGGAUGAGGGUAUGCCUCCUGAGCCCAAUUCUAGCAGCGACUCUGCUUACGUUGGCUCCACUCUGAAGGAUGAGAGUGACGAAGGAGAGGAGGAGGAGGAUGAAGGUGUACCUCCUGAGCCCAAUCCUAGCAGCAACUCGGCUUACGUUGACUGCACUCCGAAGGAUGAGAUUGACGAAGGGGAGGAGGAGGAUGAGCUAGCGGAGUACGGCUUGGAUAAAUAUGAUGAAGAAGAUACAGUGACCUCUAAUCUUGGUGAAAGUCUGGCUGGGCUCACAGUGUUCAGCACAAAUGAGGAGGACCCCUACAUCACCAUCAAAGACACAGAUCAAUAUGAGCGAGAAGACUUCCAGAUCAAACCCACUGAUAACUUGAUCCUGGCAGGGAAAACAGAAAAGGACUACUGCAGUUUGGAAGUUUAUGUUUACAACUCUGAGGAAGACUCUUUGUAUGUUCACCAUGAUAUUCUGCUGCCAGCUUAUCCACUGUGUGUAGAGUGGCUGAACUUUGACCCCAACCCUGAAGAGGAAACAGCUAAUUAUGUUGCCGUGGGCAACAUGACUCCUCAGAUUGAUGUGUGGGAUCUGGAUGUGGUGGACUGCUUAGAGCCGGUCUUCUCUCUGGGGAGCAAAAAGGCCUCCAAGAAGAAAAAGAAGAGCAAGAAGGGUGCCGCUGCGGAGCCUGUGGAGGGACACACAGACGCAGUGCUGGAUUUAUCCUGGAACAAACUGGUCAGGAACGUGUUAGCCAGUGGAUCUGCAGAUGACACAGUCAUCUUGUGGGAUCUGUCUCAAUGCAAACCAGCUACAACUCUGCGAAGGCAUACAGAUAAGGUUCAAACACUAACGUUCCAUCCUUUUGAGGCGCAAACUUUAUUAUCUGGAUCUUAUGACAAGACAGCUGUUCUUUACGACUGCCGUAGUCCAGACACGAGCUAUCGGACCUGGAGGUUUAGCGGUCAAGUGGAGCGUCUAGUCUGGAACCACUUUUCACCCUGCAACUUCCUGGCCAGCACAGAGGAUGGUUUUGUCUACUGUCUGGAUGCCCGCUCAGAUAAACCAGUGUUCACUCUGAGAGCACAUGAUGAAGAAGUUUCAGGUUUGGACCUCAGCAGCCAGAUUAAAGGAUGCCUCGUCACCACAUCGGCUGACAAACAUGUGAAAAUUUGGGACAUUUUAGGCGACAAACCCAACCUGGUGCACACUCGAGAUAUGAAGAUGGGGGUGCUGUUUUGUGCUUCUUGUUGCCCCGACAUGCCCUUUGUCUACGCCUUCGGAGGACAGAAAGACGGCUUGCGAGUUUGGGAUAUAAGUGAUGUUGCAGCAGUGACGGAGGUGUUUGGAAAUCGAGAGCGUUUGGUGGUGAAUACAGCAUCACAGGCCUCCAGCAGUGCAGCCGCAGCAGACAUGGAAGUCUCCUAAUGAUGCUCUGAAUGCAACAGCAACAUGUUGAUGCAAAAACUGUACUGUGGAAAUCCUCAAGGGUCUCCGUUCAGGAGGACACAAUUAAAUGAAACCACACCUAACACGCAGAAACGCUGAAUAUGUUUUAAAACAGACCUUAAAAGACUUGAAGAACCUUGUUCAGCUCGUCUCUUACAAAAUGAAACUGAACAUUUAAGGUCUGGAAAGAAAAGAAAAUGUUUCUUACAAUAUUCACAUUUGUAAAUGAAUGUGAUUAGUGAUGUUUCCAGGUGGAGGCACAAGUGUAAAUAGUUUUCAGUGCAUUACAAAUGUAAUCUGCUAGGAUUAUUUUAAUUCAACACAUAUACAAGAAACUAUUUUACAUUUUGAUCUAUCACUGUUGUAACUGGACUAUAGUCAAUUAUAACAAACGAGACAAUUUGAUGACAAGUGUUGUCUUUGUCUGAACCCUGCUCAUGAUGUGCUGUGAUAUUAAAGUGCUCUAAAAUAAAAUUGUUCUAAUGGGG